AUGUUACCACACAAUAUAGCUCUCUUGGGCCUGGAAGAAAAUCUGCCUAUUUGUUUUUUGAGGCCAGAGACAGACAUGCCUUGCAUGAGGACCUCACAGCUUGCGCUGCUGCUGCUUUUUACUGGAAUAUUACUCCCUGCUUUCCUUACAGCAGGCUAUCCUCAAGCAGCAGCACCCACAGUGUGGCAGGAGCCUCCAGAGCUUCCUUCAGGAGUAGAACCUAUUGAGACCACACCAUCUGUGCACUUCUCCGAUGUCACUGGGGUCCCCCCCGAUGCCUCUGAGCCAGACCCCACAUUUGAGGAUCCUCUGGGUAACAGUGAUGGUUCUCUGGGUCCUGGAGCUGUCGCCGCCAUUGUCCUGGCCGCCCUACUUGGUGCAUCUGUCCUCAUCGCCCUGAUUGUUAUCACACUCCGAAAAUUCUCUGCUUCUUAAAAUAAAAA